AUGACACCAAAGACAAAAUAUCAAUACUCCUCAGUCGAACCCCGCCAAAUCGCCGGGCAGCCAGAUCCUCAAGCCCAGUUCCGGCUUCUUACACUGCUGCCUGGGACAUUCACCGACGGCAUUUCCGUGAAGCUCACCACAGCCGAUCUCGACCACAAACGCCCUCCACGAUAUGAAGCGCUCUCGUACGUGUGGGGAUCCGAGACAGACCCGGUCCCAAUCACCCUCGAUCACCAGCACACCCUCAGCAUCACGCCGAACCUCGACAAGGUCCUGAGACACCUCCGGCUCGAAAGCGAGCAUCGCGUGCUCUGGGUCGACGCCGUGUGCAUCAACCAAGAAGACCUCCAGGAACGAGCCCAGCAGGUGACGCUCAUGGGCGAUGUCUACCGCCUCGCGCAGCAAGUGAUCGUGUGGCUCGGGCCGGAGGAGAACAACAGCUCCCUCGCACUCGACUACCUUGACUCGCUGAGCCGCCGUAUCGUGGUGAAUUGGUGGCAAGGCACCAUAGCACCUGCGAGCUGGGUCGAUACGCCCUGGAUAAAGGAUUUGCCCAUUUCAUUCUCCAGCAUGCCGGCGGAACUCGUCGCGCUGAUGGCUUUGUUUGACCGGCCUUGGUUCGAGCGGGUCUGGAUACGGCAGGAGAUUUUCUUGGCCCGGUCUGCGAUUGUGCAGUGUGGACACAAGGAUAUCCCAUGGGAGAGUUUCAAGAACGCGGUGUUUUGUCUGUCGAAGAAGGGCGUGGACUAUGGUGCUCAGGAGGAGAAGGGACCGGGUUUUGUCGAGAGAAUACGGUUUAUUAACGCUCUCGGUAGAGUCGUGCCUCUCAAGCUGAGGAACGUCAUGGAAUCUGCCAGGGUUGCACAGUGCAAAGACCCCAGGGAUAAGGUGUAUGGUGUCCUCAAUAUGCUCGAUAGCGAUGAUUCUAAGAUGGGUAUCUUGCCGGACUACAAUCUCCCGACAGAAGAGAUAUACAAGGAUCUGGUCCUCCGUUCCAUUUCUGGGCAAAAGUCUUUGGACAUGUUGCGGUCCGCAGGGCUACCUAAGAGUGCGAGAGACCUGCCAUCUUGGGUGCCUGAUUGGACGGUUGACAGGGAGGGCAGGGGAGGAGGAAACUUCUUAAACGCUGGAGGAUAUGUCUCUCCCCGGUCGGAAUUGAUUGACGGAAAGAUUUUGAGAGUGUCCGGCGUCGUCAUUGCUCGGGUUGCGGAAUUAUUCCCAGUGCAGACUGAGUUGACUACCUACGAAGAUUACAGAGCUGGGUUUCGGGAGGCGUACCCAUCAAGCCAACUGACCGCGCAGAUGUACGACAGCUCAGAUGACGUUCUCGAAGCGUACUGCAGAGUUCUAUGCUUUGAUGUAUUUCGCGACAAAAUGUUUCCCGAUGCUGGAGGACAGAGCUUUCGAGGAGCUAAAGCGACUUUGGCGGCAAUACUCGAACAUGAGAUGGACGGCUCACAGUAUAUUUCCGAUGCUGAGCAAGACUUUCAAGACGCUUCACAUCUUGCACAAAAAAAUAUUUGUGUUUCUGAUAAGGGACAUAUCGGCAUGGUACCUCUCACAGCAAAAGUGGGUGACCUUAUCUGUGUAGUACUGGGAUGCCCGAGCGCUCUUGUCCUGCGCGAGGUGCCGGCGUCAGCGGGGCACUACGAGCUUGUUGGAGAUGCCUAUGUCGAUGGAGUGAUGAACGGAGAGGCAAUUUUUGGACCCCUUCCCGACAACUGGGUGGCUGUUUGGAAGCGGGAAGCUGCUGAAGCAUAUCAUCGUCCAUUCUUCCUUCUGACGACGAAAUUGAGGUUCACAACUGAUGACCCACGACUGGAUCAGUUCCCAAUCGAUAGAACUCCAGCAGAAAAUAAGACAUGGGAGGAAACUAGGGCCGACAUCGAGAAAGUAACACCGGAAAUGCUAAUUGCAAGAGGUGUGCAAAUAGUAGAUUUGGCUAUUGAAUAA